AUGGCUACAGUGAGGGGAAAGGAACUUCACUGCAGACAUGAUGCUGCUGAUGGGAUUGGUGCUGAGUACGUUGAUGCUGAGGACCUUGCGAAAUGUACUCUCCUGGACGAACAGGAUUGUCCUGGUGGCUUCAUUUAUUUUAGUCAUUGCUACAAGUUUGUUCUUGAGAAAAGGACUUGGAUUGAUGCUGAGUUGUACUGCCGAACGCUGGCUCCUGGUGGUCAUCUUGCUUCCAUACACUCGGAGGAACAGAAUGAAAUUAUUAUUAAGAAUUCAUCUCCAUCUACAAAUUUUUGGAUUGGCUUGAAUGAUAUCUACAAGGAUGGGACGUUCCUCUGGACUGAUGGAUCUUCAACAGAUUUUAUAAAUUGGAAGAUGAAUCAACCCGAUAACUAUCAGGGGAAAGAACAUUGUGUGCAGACCACCGGGAAGUUACUUUACUGGAACGAUUUGAUCUGCAAUGUCAAAUUACAUUCCCUUUGCUCCUACAAACUGCCAGGUCUCUGCUCCACUAAAAGAAUCCAAAAAUGCUCCAUGGAUCCUGUCUGGAAGUGGAUGUAG